GGAAAAAAUAAAAACCCAUAAAAAUCAUAAGAAAAGCAUCAGCUAAUAAAAGCUGAAAAGAAGAAAACAAGAUCCACCUCGAACCUCUCUCCACCCCUCCUCGUCGCCGCCGUCGUCGUCAACCUCCGUAGUCCUCUCUCUCUCUCUCUCUCUCCCCCUUUUCUUUUUUUUCCUUUCCAUCCAAAACCCAAAUCAAUUCUGCAGAGAGGGGGGGAAAGGUGCUUCCUUUCUGCACGAAUUUCUUCUUUCUUCAUCAGUUUUGGUUCUACCUCCGGAGGCUUACUGAUUGCUCUAUUUAUUGCGCUUAUCCACAAAUCUUGAACUUGGGUUGAAUUUUUGCCUAAAUUGGAGAGAUACUCAAUUGGGUUUGUUCUGAAUUUGGGAAAUAAUGAGGGAAGAUGAGUCUAAUUGGUUCUCGAAGUGGGAGGAAGAGCUUCCACCGCCGGAGGAGCUUAUGCCCUUGUCCCAAACCCUAAUCACUCCUGAUCUUGCUCUUGCUUUUGACAUCCGGAACCCCAGUAACAAUUCUGCCUCCCACCCUCAUCAUCAGCAGCAAACCCCACCUCCACCGCCGCCCCCAACUGCACAGCCUCCGUCUUCCAAUCCCUUGGCUCAUUCCCAGCCCAGCUCUGCGGAAUUCGCUGCGGAUUCAGGUGAGUUGGGCUCCGGAGCUGCUGGGGAUGAGCCUGCUCGCACCCUUAAGCGGCCUCGGCUGGUGUGGACUCCGCAACUGCACAAGAGGUUUGUGGAUGCUGUGGCGCAUUUGGGGAUCAAGAACGCGGUGCCUAAGACUAUAAUGCAGUUGAUGAGUGUGGAAGGUUUGACCAGAGAAAACGUGGCUAGUCAUUUGCAGAAAUAUCGCCUCUAUUUGAAAAGAAUGCAGGGGUUAUCCAGUGGUGGAGGUGGUGCAGGCAACGGUGGUGGCGGUGGAUUGGCUGUCAGCAGUGACCCAGCCACAGAUCAUUUGUUUGCUAGCUCGCCAGUUCCACCGCAUUUUCUGCAUCCGGUUAGGCCAAAUUCGGACCAUUUUUUACCGUUUGUGCCAAUGGCAGCAUUGCAGCAGCAUCACCAACAGCAGCAGAUGGCAGCGGCAGCUGCUGCAGUUGCGCAUCCUCAUAUGCAGCCUCAAUAUCACAGGCAAAUGGGGCCUUUCGGAUCACCGCCAAAUGGGCAGUUUGAGCAUCCGUUUCUGUCUAGACAGACGCAGCAGCCAGUGCACAGGAUGGGGGCACCAGGGCACAAUCAGGUUCCAAGUUAUGUGGAGGAUUUGGAAUCUGCCAAUGGGAAUGGAGCGAGGAGGGUUCUAACUCUUUUUCCGACUGGGGAUGACUGAAUCUGGGUAAUAAUUAGCCCCAUUGAUUAUUGAACUUAAUUUCUUAUUUCAAGCUAUGUUUUGAUUAGGCAUCUGGGUCUUUGUGAAUUGUUGUUUUCUAGUGCUUUUGUUAGAGUUUCAUGGAGUGUCUUGUUUACCCUUCGUAGAUUUUGUUAGCCGUCUUUGCGUUUCAUCUUGGGAUCCAAGAGUACCUGACAGUAGAAUUGAUUGGAACCAUAACGUCUCGGGUCUUUGACUACCCUGAAGUUGGGGUUGGUAGCACUGUCAAUUCUGGUGUCAUUCUUCAGUUAUGCAGACUUCUACACAUGUAAUUAGGUUUCCAGUAGUCGUCUGUUUGUUCGCUGUCAGUUUUGGCAAUAGAUAUUGAUCAUAAUUUCACUCCAGAGUGAAAAUAAGCUUCCUAAGCAUCUCAGGAGCAGCAAGUACUUGGGUCUGAUGUUGGGUCAUUCUGCAAUGGUUAGAGGUUGCAUUACCCCAUUGUAUUUUGGGGAUCGGCUCAUUUUACUUAAAAGUGGAAUCUUCUUGCCAGGGAGGUCAUCUUUAUCAAAUUGGUUGGCUUGGGCACCAAGUUGAUUAAAUAUUGAGCAUGCAGGUGGGGACAAAUAAGGCUCACAAGUUGCAGUUGCUAUUUGUGUUCUCUAGAAUUCUCUCUUUUGGGUCUUUAGUUCGCACAUUUGGCAUUAAGGUUGCAGAAGCAUGUAAUCUGUCCUGUGUUAAGCCGUUCUGCUUCUUAUUUGAGUGCUAUGAGGUUAGUUGUACUUGUUGUACAUUGUGCGACUUGAUAGUCGACUUUUGACCCUGAUACAGGGUGAUCUUUUGAAAAACUCUGAUGUUACUUGGUAGAAUUGUAGUUUUAUUCUAAUGAAGCUUGAACACUAGCUGAAUUUUCUGA